AUGAUCCCCUCCCCUCGAAGGACUGUCUCUACACCUACUGCGCCUACUACCUGGCCUGAUAUUGACGAUGAUGAUGGUUGGCAAGAUAUGCCCGUCGUCCGGUCCGACGAUAACCCUUUCGGAUUAGAUACAGAUGACCAAAAACGUUAUCACUAUCGACCUCCUGCUCGACUGGAUGCUUCAACCUCUUCUCCCUCCUCAACACCCAUUAUUGGAUCCACGUCAAAUGCUACGGGCGCUCAUCUUGAGGUGGAUGCCGAUACACUUCUCACCGAAUCUUGGCGUGAUAAGAUAGCUCAAGAUGAAUCCGAGUACACCCGUCUUCGAUUGGAUGAAGAUGAAGAAUCGGAGGAGGUUCAUAUGCGUACGAGAUAUCUCUUCAAUGAAGAAAAGGCUAUGACCCCUCUCAGUCAGAUGCAGGCCACCAAGGAGUUACUCACUGAAGGACAGAGAAUUGCUUAUGUGGGACUAUGUCAUUUGAUCGCAAGACGUAUGGUCAGAGACGCUGGCAGAGGUUGGGAGGGAGUCAAGGUCAAAGGGAAAGGAAAGGGAAAAGAGGUUCCGGUUGUGGAGAGUGCAAACGUUUGGAUGAUGAAGAUCAUGGCUAGGUUAUAUCAGCAUAUGGAGUUGGAAAGAGAGGAACAACGAAUGAUCGAAAGUCUCGCAGAGCACGGAGUCGACCCGCGAGAUCUUGUUCCAGCACUCAUGACCACCCAUACCGUCAAGAAUCCAGAAUUCGAUCCGGUGGCGAAGAAAAAGGCUGAAAUGGCCGCCGAGAAGAUUGACGAAGAAAAUUCAGAUACUGAGACUGAAGUUCCCCCUCCACCAUACCAGGAGAAAGCAGACGAGCAUAUCGAUGACCCCUCGUCCCCUUCGUCAAUAGACCCAACAACCAUCCCAUUACCGGCGACGUCUCCUGAGCCAUCCUCUCCUUCACCUGUAUCUCACAUCGGCAAGUCUAUCGAUCCCUUCGGGGACGAUUCGGACGCAAUCUCCAUACCCUCUGCAAGCAGCUCGAUUCCCCCAACUACUUUCUCACGGCUUUCAAUAUCCGAUCCAGAUCCUGGCACAGAUGACGAAGGCGAUAUUGGCACAUCCCUCUCUACAUCUAGACCCCAGGGGCAGUCAAGUACUUAUAAAGUUGAGGAGUCCACUGAGGUCAAGGGAGCCAUGACAGAAGAGCAACAACCAAGUGAACUCCUUCACGUUUCGGAGCAUAUCGAGAAACCGCCGCAAGACAAUAACAACGAUCCGACGGAAAUGGUAGAGAAUGCUAUGCCGUCCUUGCCAGGUGUUUCGACUCAUUUGUCUAAUACCGAUGAGACAGUCACACUCGAUAUCCGAUGGACAGUGUUAUGCGAUCUAUUCCUCGUUCUCAUAGCCGAUUCAGUAUAUGAUGCCCGUUCUCGGGCUUUCCUAGAGAGAAUAGCUACUGCCUUAGGAUUUGGCUGGCUCGAUGCGGUGCGUUUCGAAAAUCGAGUGACAAAUGCUCUAGAAAUCGAAGAAUCAUUGGAGAAGACAGAGCAGAAGGGGAUCAUAGAAGGACGGAGAAAAGCGGCGUUAAGGAAACGGUAUGCUAUGAUGGGUCUUGCUGCUGUCGGUGGAGGUCUGGUCAUUGGACUUUCGGCAGGUUUAUUGGCACCCAUCAUCGGAGCUGGACUCGGAGCGGCACUUGGGACGAUAGGUGUGACGGGUACCACUGGAUUCUUGGCAGGUGCGGGAGGAGCAGCGGUCAUCACCACCGGAGGAGUCUUGACAGGUGCUAAUAUAGCCGGCAAGGGGAUGGCCAGACGGACCAGGGAGGUCAGACGAUUCGAGUUUAAGCCGUUGCACAACAACAAGCGGGUUUGUUGCUAUGUCACGGUAGGAGGAUUCAUGGCGAGUAAAGUGGACGACGUCCGAUUACCAUUCUCAGUCUUGGAUCCCGUCGUUGGUGAUGUUCUCUCAGUUCUGUGGGAACCGGAGAUGAUGGCGGAGAUGGGAAGCGCCUUGAAAAUUCUCACUUCGGAAAUCCUGACUCAGGUGGGACAACAAGUCUUACAGGCGACUGUGAUGACUGCAUUGAUGAGUGCUCUACAAUGGCCCAUCAUUUUGACCAAACUCGGCUACCUCAUUGACAACCCCUGGUCCAACGCUCUUGAUCGCUCCCGAGCCGCUGGUCUCGUAUUGGCCGAUACGAUCAUACAUCGUCAUGCUGGUGUUCGUCCCGUCUCCCUGAUCGGUUUCUCCCUUGGCGCACGGGCAAUCUUCUACUGUCUCGUCGAACUCGCCAAACAUAAAGCCUUCGGUCUUGUCCAAGAUGUUUUCGUAUUCGGAAUGACGGUUACGGCUUCGCGUCAAACAUGGCUCGAUGUACGUUCUGUCGUCGCUGGAAGAUUCGUCAACGCCUUUGCUACGAAUGAUUGGAUGUUGGGUUAUCUGUUCAGAGCCACAUCAGGUGGGUUGAACACCGUGGCGGGAUUGAGACCGGUGGAGACCAUUCCAGGACUUGAGAAUGUGGAAGUGACCGAUGUGAUAACGGGACAUAUGAGUUAUCGGAGCUGUAUGCCUCAACUACUGGCCAAGGUCGGAUUUCCGGUGACGGCGGAUUAUUUCGAUGAACCUGCUGACCCCGAAGUCGACAUGAGCGUACAAGAACGAACGAUAGUACGAGAAGCCGAAGAAGAAGAAGAAGCCAAUCCGACCAGAAAGAAGAUCCUAGGAAUCUUUCCCAGACAAUCGAAACGUUCUGCAUCUGGAGUCAAGACUCCAACGACCACUUCCAACUCUGAGAAAGCCGCCGUGGCAGGGGGUGUUGUUCCUAUUCCAUCAUCUCCUGGAGACGAUGAUGCUCUACCUCCUCGAGAAGAUGAAGGUGACAUCGGAUUGGCUUCAACCUCUGCGGCUCGUUCUCAAGAAUCUCUAGCAACGGAAGAAGACGCUGAAGUUCGGGGUAUACCCAAGACUGCCGGAUUUGACUUUGCUGCUAUCUCUCGAGAAUUGGGCAAAGAUGUCAAAGUCGAUUCUUUACCAACACCAUCUCCCUCUAUCUCUAUUUCCCCAAUCUUUCAACCGACACCCGAGCGGACAGGUUCAGCCCCACCCAUCACUUCAUCUUUCAAAUCAUCCUUUAAUUUUGGCUUCAACGCAUGGACCGCCCCAAAUUCCGUUUCUACAGAUGCCAAGGUUGCUGUACCGAUGCGAUCUGCACCUCCCGCUAGACCCCACCCGCCAGAAUUGAUGGCUAAUCCAUUCGCAAACAAUUCAACUUUAGACAUCAAAGAUACUUCUGGGGGUUCAGUGACAUGGGAUAAAAAGUUGUCUGGAGUGAACGGAGUAGACGAACAAUGGGCAGAGAAGAACCCUUGGUGA